AAGGGGGAGGUGGUUGCUGUUUCGUUGUUGAAGGGUAUAUGUUUUGACUUCUUCGGUCAAUAUAUUAGGCUUCUACGCGCACUGGCUUGGAUUCGAUAUUGGAGCUUUGACCUGUACUGGCUUGGAUUCGAUAUUGAAGCUUCGACGCGCGCGCGCUUGGCACUUGAAUCUUGGAUCUGUGAACGGCAAGACGGCACAAACGGGAGAAGGAAGAAGGAAGGAAGCUACUGAGGCGGCUUCGUAUCCAUCCAUAUAGUAGUUACAACAAUCCACCUUUACUACCUACUACCCCACGACACAAAGAAGGCCACCAAUCUAUCUACCUCUCUAUAACAAUAGCACACCUCGACGUAGGCCAAGCCCUCGUAUCGCCGGGAAUAUCGAUCCUUCACCUCCAUCUCCACCUCACAACACAACAAAGAUCAAAACUGCGCGGAGAAAGGAUUCUCAAAAAGAAAGACCCUCGCUCGCACCACACACCACCCAACCAACAUCCACCAGCAAUUACCCAGCAAAUUACCCAGCCAUACCACCCCCUCCGACUCUCCCACGGCGCCAACCACCUCAAGCGCCCUCCUCGCAUCAAACGCAUACAUACCAUGACACCCCGCCCUCGCAUGUCCUCGCUCUCCCUACGCCCCAGUCUCCUCUCCCGCGCCUCCUCACAUUCCAACAACAUGCUCCACGCGCGCUCGCCGGCCGGUUCCCCCUCUCCCGGCGGCGGUAUAGAGUGGUCUUCAUAUUUCAUGACCUCCGCGUCCGCAUCAUCGCCGUCCGCGGAGAUGGCGCAUUAUGGCGGGUGUACGUGCAACCCGUGGAUGAAUGGUCCCGGGAGUGGGUAUACACCGACUUCUCAGUUACCACCACAGCAGCAGCAGCAGAAGUCCACACAACAGCAACAGGGGCAGACACAGAGUGACCCGCUCAACCGAUCCCACCGCCCCGUCACCGACACCCGCACGCCUACGCCGCUGUCUGCGCGCGGCGGCGCCGAUAUUGGAAGCUACUUCUCCCCUUGGAGCUCCGAGUGCGCGCACACGCCGCCGCUCGGCUCGCGCGGAGCGGACGGCGAGGUUAUUAAGACGAGGGAGCAGGACGGAUUUUUCGCCCACAGAACUACACAUACACUUACACAUACUUCUCCCACUUCCGCAUCAACCGCCUCUACAGCAGCAUCAUCAGCAGUACCGCAGAUACACCUCCAACACCGACAUACCCACGCCCACAACCAGACACGUCCGCACCUCCGCCCACCACCACCGCCCACCACAGUAACAUUCCCGCUCACAAUGGCUGUAGCGCAGGGGAAAUACCACCCUUCUAACUACCGCAACCCCUCGCCGCCCUCUUCCUCCGCCCACCUUUCAUCCACCACCACAAGCUCACCCCUCAUCACCACCUCUCCCCCUUCCGCAUCCCCGCCGACAACAACACAAACACAAUCCCCACUCUCCCCCCCGGCACAGCAGGCACCAGAUACCCGCCGCCUCCUCCUCCAGUACCAGCGCGACAUGGUGGAGGCGGCGGCGCGGGCGGCGCAGUUGAGUAUUUCCCGCUCGCCGGCGAGUCCGAGGCUGGGGCCGUUGGGGAGUCCGGGGCCGGUUACGCCGUGGGAGUUGGAGGGGGAGGGGAGUGGGGGGGGUUGGUUGGAACGGAAGGGGUCGGCGGCGGCUACUGAGGCGGGGAAGGAGGGGGGGGAGAGGGGGGAGGCGUGA